AUGGGUAACGGGUCCUCCAAAAAGGCCGAAGAUGGCAUCCGCGACCACACGCAAACAGACGGGUCAAACGUCACACCAAGUCGCCCGAAAACUUUGAAGGUCAAGAAAAAAGAAACACCGAAGGGGCAGUCCGACGAUGCAGCUACGCCGAAACGGAAACGAAAAUCCAGCAAACAUAGCACGUCCGCUGUCGCGCCGUCAUCGUUCCCCGCUGAAGAGGAACCUAGGCCUUCGAAGCGCAAAAAACUCGCAGACUCGCCUACGGACACCACUGAGGAUGACCGCAAUACAGAAAAAGCAUCUACCACCGCAAAUGAUACUUCGCCAGUCAAAGCUCAAGUCAAUGGCAGCCCUUCAAUCGAGGGUUCGAAUGACGCCAGCAUACAGCAGGAGACUGUUAAGAAAGGAAAGAGAAAGCAAAGCGGAAAAGGGCUAACAGGCUUUUUCUCGCAAGACGAAGUUCAGGCGCUGGAGAGUUUCAAGGUGGAGUUCUGUAACUCGCAUGGUCUUCCAGGUCAUGCGUUUGACGCGAUGGUCCAACAUUCCGAACGAGAGAAGGGCAUUGAAUUUCCUUGUGAUUCGUCUAUCACCAUGAAGCCCGAAUUCUGGAAGACAAUUUACAAGAUUCUUCCUGACCGGGAUAGGAGAUCAGUGUACCGCUUUAUGAGGCGCCACUUCCAGAACUCUGACGUGAAGCCUCACCAUUGGACUCAUGAACAAGAUGAGGAACUCAUUCGGCUCGUUGCACGGUAUGGCUUCAAAUUCGCCCAGAUAGCUAAAGAGUUAGGCCGGAGUGACGACGAUGUUGUCCAGAGAUGGAAGAAUCGCUUAGAGCAUAGGACUACGAUGAACCGAGGCGCAUGGUCAGAGCAGGAAAUUCGCGGCCUGCAAAACGCCUUGCAGGCUGUAUGGAAAAAUUUGAAGGAAAGGGGCCAUGAUGUAGGCCGCGAUAUCUAUGAGAUGGACGAGACGCUCAUAUCCUGGGGACAUAUCAGCAAUAAACUCAGAAAUUGUCGUUCCAGACAGCAAUGCGCAGAUAAAUGGCGCAAGGCUAGGAAAAAGGUUCAGCAACUGCGUGACAAAGGGAACCCGGAUGCUGUUUUUGACCCCAUCAAAGAGUCAAAGAACAGACACAAGUCGCGGACGUCUACCCCUUCGUCCUCGCAAACUCCACAACCCCUCCAUAUAAGCGCCGAAUACGUUCAUUCAGAUGAUUCAGAUGAAGAUGAAGCCGCGCACCAGGAUGAAAAGAAAGGGAAGGCAGACAAAACGUCUACAAAGGAUUCCACCUCUAGCGACAAAUCCUCAUCUUCCGACUCCGAAUCAGAAUCAACGGACGAGUCAAGCUCUGGUGAUACAACUAAAGAUGUGAAAUCUGAGGCAAAGCGCAACGAACGCCCGAAGGUCAAAGACCAGUUGCAAACUACAGAGAGCAUGGAAAACACAAAGAUUAUCCCUCAGAAGAGAAAACAAUCCGCGUCAUCAUCCUCCGCAUCAGAUUCUGAAGAUAGCGACUCGAGUACAGGCUCUGAUGUACCCGCACAUCCACAGACAUCGACGAACGGCAAAUCAAAGACUUCGCCAGUAGUCCCAAAGAACAAGGACAAGAACGAAAAGAGUUCAACUGAAGACGACUCGAGCGAUUCAUCCGAUGAUGGAAAUAGUGAAAGUGAUGGAGAGUCUGAUGAGAGCGAAAGCGACGUGACCAGCUCCAGUGGCAACGAGAAAGGAAAGUCGCCGAAGAAGGCUUCCAAAAACAUCAAGCAACAACCCGAGAAAUCCUCGUCAGAGAAGUCCACAUCGUCGGAAGAUGAAAAUGAAAGUGACGAUUCCAACUCAUCCGAAUCAGAAUCCGAGUCACCCCCAGCGCUCAAACCUAUCAAGUCCAAGCAAAGGAGCACUAAGGAAGCAGGCGCCUUGAAACGACGCCGUGUAGCAGAACUUGCCUCAACUUCUACUUCCGCUCGUUCAUCUGUUUCCCGAGAUAUCAAAAUGGAGGUUACUAGCGACUAG